AUGGAGGCCCCAGAGACAUUCAACCUCCUCCCUCUCACAAUCGACCCUGCCACGAAACUCAUAUCGUCGACCGAUCCUAGCCUUGCGAGUGACCUCGAGGACCUGAAUCGCCUCAACAAAGCUUUCACAGCGCUCGACACUCCGAAUCAGAUCCCGCCGCCUCCUGCGCCCGUGAAUCCGAAGCGCAGCGUCCAAAUCGGCAAGCUCAAAGACUCUGGCAAUGCUUCUUACAAGAAAGGCGCGUUCCCAGAGGCGAUUCAGAUGUACAACCUCGCAAUCAAGAUGGCAGCAGAUCGACCGGCAUGGGAAGCAUCGGGACUUGUGCGAGACGAGUUGAGCACAUUGUACGGUAACAAGAGCCAAUGUCUCAUGAGCAUGCAAUCGUGGGCGGAAGCCGCAGUGGAUGCCGAGAUUGCGGUUGAGUUGAAGAAGAUGGGAAAUGUGAAAGCGUGGUGGCGGAGAGGGCAGUGUCUGAAGGAAAUGGGACGACUCGAAGAAGCGAAGGAAUGGGUGACCAGUGGGCUGGAGUUUGAAGCUGCCGGCCCCGACAAGGACAAUCUGGGCGAGUUGAAAUCGCUGCUGAAGGACAUUGAUGGAGCUUUGUCGAAAUGA